AUGCGCAUGCUACACUUUCCACAAGUCCGAACCAAGGGCAGGGGGACGGACGAUGGACUUUGCGUCGCCUCGGCUUUUGGCGGACCUGGGUGGCUCGAGAGGGUUUUCUGGGUGAAGCGCGAUGCACUCCACCUUCUGUGCUCGGCGGCUGAUGUGCAGGAAACCGGAUCACCUCAUUUGUCGGCUGCUUGCUCUGAGGGCGUGGCUCGGCUGUACAACGGCUAUCCUCCCCUCGCCGCGCUGCGGUUGGGCUUGCAGCUGCGAGCCAGUGCCAGAAAGCGAGCGGCCUGCGACCGUCGAGAUCGACGUUCAACAGAGCAUCAGGCUACCAUGCACGCGCGAAUCCAUAGCCCAGCUGCAGCCGUCACUGCUCCUGCCUCCCUUUCUGCUCCUGCUCCUGCUCCUGCUCCUGCUCCUGCUCCUGCUCAUGUUUCGGCUGCAGCUUUGAGCCUGUCCUGGAUGAACCCAAGCCGUAAGGUUCCCGCAUCGGAUGCUGCCCGCAUUGUCCAAACACGCAACCUCGCCCAGGGGUGCAGCCGUCACGCCUCGUGCGCCUCUUCGGGAAUCCUACCGACCGGCAAGUCAAUCCCACGCAUGUGGCCGCCCGCCCGCAACUCGACCGUCUCUGCUCCAAUUGGCAUCCAUCCCGCUUCCUCUCCGCCCAUCACCAUUCACAUCUGA